AGAAUAGUCGGCCUGAAGACCUGCAUGAACAAGCGCACCGCUACCUUUAAGGUCCUGUUGGCGAAGCACAAGAAGCUGGCGGCAGAGCACAAGGCCUUGGUAGCCGAGCGCCAGAGCCAGACCGGGGAUAAUGCUCAAGUAUCUGAGCUCUUGAAGCGUGUCGUCGAAGUACAAGAUGAGAAAACUCAGCUAGAAGAGCAGCACCGGGACGAAGUGGACGGCUGAAAGUGUAGCUCGAAGCUCAGGCGGAGGCGCAUAAGACCGAGGUAGGUCAACUUACCUCGGCUCUCUCCGCCCAAGCUGACGAGAAGAUCCACCUGGAAGGCGAAGUGCAGAAAUGCAAGGAUCUUGUCGCCGAGGUCGAGACUCGCGCCACUGCUGCCGAGAAGGAGAAGGCCGAGAACGCCCGCCUGCUCAGCGUGUGCCGGCGUGACCUCAUCAAAAUUGACGCAAUGCUGACUAAGUUUUUCCCACAAUCUGUUGAGACUGCCCAAGUUGCCGUGAUCAAGGCCCGUAAAAGGAGGGAUCGAGCCAGGGUAGUACCCUUCGAAUAUGACUUGGAGGAUUACUUGGUCAGCAUUGCGAGCCGGGUUAAGCCUCUGAAGUCGUUCGGGGUAAACAUGCUCAACGCCGGCAUCCGGGCCUUCCGAGCGCUGUGGCCGGGAGAAGAAACUCCGACCGGCAUCCCAGAAUUGGCCAAGCGCCUUCUGGAGGUGGAGGACCGGCUGAACGAGUGGCAGGAAUCAGCCGCUCAUGUCGGCGCCGACGAGGCUUUGUCAUUCGUACUCUCUUGGUACGACGGCAUCAACCUCGACGUGCUGCAGUCGAUGCGAGUCGCCCCCCCCUUCCUCUCAGACCCGGAACUCGUCGCGAAGCGGCAGGAGCGGGCCUACUCCUUUAUCCAAUAUGCCAAUGUGCAGAAAUUUGUGGAGGGCCCGGUGUCACAAGCAGAUGCAGAGAUGGCCGAGGAAGACAAACAAGAAGAAGUCGACGAAGAGAUUGUCGUCGAGUCGGCUUCUACUGCAACGGACGCUCCGAGUUCCGGCGCUGCCAAUCCUUCUGUCUGUUCUUAGGCAAGCCGGAAAAAAUACUCUAAAUUUAUCAAAUCCCCGGGAUGCCGGGUGCAGAUGUAACUGAGUUAAAACACUUUUUUCUGUGAAGCACCAUACUUUUAAUUUAUUUAAGUCUUUUAAUUA